CGGAACACCGGAAGUCAAAACUCGCGCCUCCCGUAGUGGUGUGGUUUGUUGUUGUUGUUACUAGCUAGUUACAAGCCACAGAAGGAGGGCGGCUCUUUAACUACAGUAUCAAACAGUAGCUUACUUUAGUGAUUCAUAAUUUCUGACUUGGAAAUCGAAGAGCAUAUCUGAAAAACAAAGCUCCUUUGCACUCUGCUGGCAGGAGGAUGUCGGAGAGCUCCAGUGAUACCGAGUCCUCCUGUGGUUGGACUAUCAUUAGUAAUGAGGGUUCAGAUAUAGAGACCCUGGGAACAGAGAAUGGUCUGGAAUGCGUGGCGGAUCUCCCAGAAUGCAUUGCAGUGCAACAGGACCAGCAUGCUUCUUUCUCUGCCGAAGGAUCUGACAAUAGACCUGAGUCAUCACAUGAUGCCACCCUGAAGGAAGAAAUCUUAGAUGAAACUCUGAGUGCCUCUGAGGUUGCAGGUGAGGUGGCGGGGGAUGAGCAUGUGACCCUGUGCUCCUCCAGCGACCACUCAGACAUCGUGACUCUUGGGGACAUGAGGGAGGCAGAACUGGGCCCCUGGGAGGAGCAGGCUGAGUUGGAGGAGGAAAAGGAGGCCACUGGCGGGGAAGACUCUUACCUGGGGACCUCCUCCAGCAGCCAGUACACCUUCAGCACAGCAGAGACUGCAGGCCUGGUGCUCAGCUCCUGGAAGCUUCCACAAACUCUCUGGGACUUUGGCUGCCAUCUGAAAGGCCAGCUGUCUGGCAGCCGCUCCCUCUCAGUGUUUCCAGUAGAGCAGCCUACAGCAGGAGCCUCCAGCAGCAGUGAGGACGAGGCUGUGGAUCAGGUGACCCCCCUGGUGAGGAGGCGCAGGGUGAGGAGGAGCACCACCAGCUCCACAGCUGAGCCAGAGGAGGAGCAGGAGUCUGGCCACAGUGAGAGAGAGGAGGUUCCUGAGGUGCACCAAGAGGAGCUGCAGGAGCCACUGGUUACUCCUCCUGCUCCGGGUCAUGUCAGCGGCACCCUCAACAAGUGCAUCCUGUUGGCUCUGGUCAUCGCCAUUAGUAUGGGCUUCGGACACUUCUAUGGCACGGUGCAGACUCAGGAGAGGCAGAAGAUAGUGGAGAAGAUCAGGGGGGGGGAUCUUGGCGAUCCCAGAGAUCUGCCUCCUCAGUGUUCCAGAGGACAGCCAACUGUCAUCAAGGAAGUGGUUGAGAAUCUGAGAGGACACCUACAGAAGGACACGGUGCAGAGCCUCACACACAUUAUGGAUGAAAUUACUAAAGAGAACCAGGAGCUAAGAUUGAAACAGGCCCAGCUACAGGCCCAGAAAGAUGAUCUGGCAUUGCAGCUGAAGCAGACUGCAAUGGAGAGGGCUAAGACUGAGUCCCAGCAGAAGCACCUGGCGGUGGAGAACCAGCUGCUGAAAAGCUCUCUGGAGCGAGAAGAGGAGUCCCUGUCCGCCCUGCAGGAGGAGCUGAGGAGCCUGCGCUCACAGAUCCGGGGCCUGGAGGAGCGGGGUGCUGGGGCCGACUCCAUCCUGUCUGAGAACCAGCGCCUGAAAGAGCACCUGGAGGAAGAGAGGCAGCGUGUGCUUAGCGUGCUGGGCCAGAGGGAGACCCUGAUGGCCGAAGCUCACACCCUGAGGAAAGAGCUAGACAAGGAGCGGCGUGUGACGGAGCAGCUGAGGGCGGAGCUGGACCUGCUGAGCAGUGCUGCGGCAGGGGUGGGGGGGGACCCGGAGACAGAGGAGCUGCAGGCCCGUCUGGCAGAACUGGAGAAGAAGCUGAGCUUUGAGCAGCAGCGCUCAGACCUGUGGGAGAGGCUGUAUGUAGAGACCAAAGAUGACAAGGCCACAGGGGACAAGCAGGCCAAGGUGAAGAAGCCCAAAGAAGGCGUGAUUGGGAAGGUGAAGGAGACGUUUGAUGCGGUGAAGAACUCCACCAAGGAGUUUGUGCACCAUCACAAAGAGCAGAUAAAGAAAGCCAAAGAGGCCGUGAAGGAGAACCUGAGGAAGUUUUCUGAUUCUGUCAAAUCGACCUUCCGCCACUUCAAGGACUCGGCCACGCGCAUCAUGGACAAAACCCAGCGGCCUCAUGACAGGAGGUUUCACGAGAGGAAGGAUGCGAGGACAGAGAAGCAGCAGCAGGAUCAGCAGCAGCAGGAGGAGCACAAGCGCUCAGAGGGAGAUUCCUGGCAGCACCGGGCCCACAAGCCCCUGCAUAGACACCCUCGUAAAUCUACAGAGGACUCCUUCCAGGCCAACCGUAACACCCGCAAGUUUGGGGGCAAGGUCCAGGAGGAGCCUGACCAGGAGAACCAGAGAAGUGGGCCCAAAGGCUGUUCUGGAGUUUUUGACUGUGCCUACCAGGAGUCCAUGAGCCUCUUCAACAAAGCCAUGGACCCCAUCAGAGCAGACGAGUUCAACCAGCUCCUCCACAGCUACCUCCAGCAGGAGGUUGACCACUUCCACCACUGGACGGAGCUGGAGAGCUUCAUCAAUAACUACUUUCACAACGGUGUGUUCAUCCACGACCAGAUGUUGUUCACUGACUUUGUGAGUGGUGUGGAGGACUACCUGGAAGACAUGCAGGAGUACCACGGCCACGACGAUGACACCUUCGAAGAUCUGGAUGAGUACAUCUACAAGCACUUCUUUGGAGAUACCUACUCACAGCGCUAUGGGCCCAGCAGGCCCUUUGAGGGGCCGGACCCACCCACGAAGGAGCAGCACAGGUCCAAUCAGCAGCAGCGUAAGCAGCAGAGGUCCCGCCCCCGGCCACAGAGAGACAGGAAGUGGAGCAGAAGUGGACAGAACACAGACAGACACAUGACUGAUGUCAAAAUUGAGCUGGGUCCCAUGCCUUUUGAUCCAAAAUAUUGAGAAGAACCUUAAUUAGUUAUUGAUUAGUUUUUUAAAUAAUGGCUUAACCUGAUACUGUUGUUGCAAAUUCUACUCUGGAUGCAUUUGAUGAAAAGCCUUUCUUUUUCUUUUAUUGUGAUUUUGCACAAUGUUACUGCAGCUGGCUGUCCCUAGCUUCCUGUGCUGUGUAAAGCUAUACUUACUAGGCUAGAAGCAGUAGUGAUGUAUCUGAACGCACAAAGAAUUGCUGCAUUGAUUUCUAAUUAAAUUAUUGUCUAAAUAUUUAUAACUAGAGCAAUUACAUGGGAAUACAGACAAAUCUGUAGAGGGAAAAAACAAAAAACCUACUGUUGAGAAUUUCUUGAGAGAUCUCUUAUCAGUGAAUAGCCUCUAAGAAUGUGUUUAAUGGUUUAACAUUUUCAUUGUCUAAAUGAUCUGCUGGAACAACAAUCGACAUUGAUUUAAAGCCUUUAAAAAAUGACUCGCAUUGCUGAGAAAUCUUAUGUCCUUGAUAAUAGUAAUGAUAUUUGAAGCAGUAAAGCUUGUAAGGCAGUGAAACUACUGAGAGUUCUGCUUUGUUCGUGGUGUUUUGAAUGAUACAACAUUCUAAUCCCCCAUAGCUAAUGUUUGUCAUGUUACCCUCGGUUAUCUGCCUCUGACUUGUGGUGAGACGAAGUGCAGGUGUGUUAUUGUUGGCUUUCCACGUAAAAUGUUUGGUAGUUGAAUUGUUCUGUAACAUUCCAACUGUGUUUGAAUGCAACGUAUUACCUUUCAUUUAUAGAUGUGCUGUUGAAAGAAAUGCAGCUCCCAAAUAAAAUAAAAAAUAAGAAGUUGACAAA